CCCCUCCCGGCCGCGGCCGCCGACCCCGGCCCCCGGUCCGGCCUGGCUCUAUGGACAGGAGCUCGCUGCUGCAGCUUAUCCAGGAGCAGCAGCUGGACCCUGAGAACACAGGCUUCAUCGGUGCAGACACCUUCACCGGCCUGGUGCACCGCCAUGAGCUACCCCUGGACCCGGCCAAACUGGACAUGCUGGUGGCCCUGGCCCAGAGCAACGAGCGGGGCCAGGUCUGCUACCAGGAGCUGGUGGACCUGAUCAGCAGCAAGCGCUCAAGCAGCUUCAAGCGGGCCAUCGCCAAUGGACAGCGGGCACUGCCCCGGGAUGGGCUGCUGGAUGAGCCGGGCCUGGGUGUCUACAAGCGGUUCGUACGCUACGUGGCCUACGAGAUCCUGCCUCGAGAGGUGGACCGCCACUGGUACUUCUACAGGCACCGCAGCUGCCCACCCCCUGUGUUUAUGGCCUCAGUCACCCUUGCCCAGAUCAUCGUGUUCCUGUGCUACGGGGCCCGUCUCAACAAGUGGGUGCUGCAGACCUACCACCCUGAGUACAUGAAGAGCCCCCUUGUAUACCAUCCUGGCCACCGUGCUCGGGCCUGGCGCUUCCUCACCUACAUGUUCAUGCACGUUGGGCUGGAGCAGUUGGGGUUCAACGCGCUCCUGCAGCUGAUGAUCGGGGUGCCCCUGGAGAUGGUGCACGGCCUGCUCCGCAUCAGCCUACUCUACCUGGCUGGUGUGCUGGCAGGCUCCCUGACCGUCUCCAUUACUGACAUGCGGGCCCCUGUGGUGGGGGGCUCCGGCGGGGUCUACGCCCUGUGCUCUGCACACCUGGCCAAUGUCGUCAUGAACUGGGCUGGGAUGAGGUGUCCCUACAAGCUGCUGAGGAUGGUGCUGGCCCUGGUGUGCAUGAGCUCCGAGGUGGGCCGGGCCGUGUGGCUGCGCUUCUCCCCACCACUGCCUGCCUCGGGCCCGCAGCCCAGCUUCAUGGCGCACCUGGCGGGAGCGGUGGUGGGUGUCAGCAUGGGCCUGACCAUCCUGCGCAGCUACGAGGAGCGCCUGCGGGAUCAGUGCGGCUGGUGGGUGGUGCUGCUUGCCUAUGGCACCUUCCUGCUCUUCGCCAUCUUCUGGAACAUCUUUGCCUACGACCUGCUGGGUGCCCACAUUCCCCCGCCACCCUGACAGGCUCCCCAGGGCCACACUGGCCAGGGCGCAGCACCUGUGGGCCAGCCACCAGGCAGGCCUGCAUGUUUAUCCUCUGUGAAUGUAUGUCUCGAGGCUGCUUCUUCCCGGUGGAGGCGGGUGGCCCUU